AUGGCAGACACAGUGUCAUCGCCGCCAAAGUCCGUCCACACAAUUGUGCUGGACGCUGGUCCCAUCAUCAAGAAUACCCCGCCGUUGUCCACCCUGCUCGCUCAAUGCGACGAGAUUGUCACCACCCCGUCAGUGGUGAACGAAAUUCGUGAUCCUGACGCCCGCGCUCGAGUCGAGACCCUCUACCUGCCCUUCCUGAAACAGCGAACUCCGAACCCCAACAGCUUCAAUGUUAUCAGCGAGUUUGCUCGCAAGACUGGUGACCGAUCCGUGCUGAGUCGAGUCGAUAUUGAAGUGCUGGCGCUUGCAUAUGAAAUCGAGUGUGAGCGUAAUGGUGGUGAUUGGCGUCUGCGAAGUGUUCCCGGCCAGAAGCGAGUCAAUGGAAGACCACCCGUCAAAGAGGAGGACAAGAAGGAUGAAACAGACUCUACUGCGAAGGAAAGCGCCGACGAUGCUGUCGAAGUCGUUGUAAACGAUGCCACCGAGGAGUCCAAGGAAGAAAAGACUGCAUCCGUACAAGAAGCCGAGUAUGCAGCAGAGAGCGCCACGAUUGAGCCUCCAGCUGGCGACGAUACCCCCGAGGAGAGCAAGGGUGAGAUCGAGAAUGAGCAGGAGGAUGAAGAUGAUGCUGCCGAUUCGGACGGCGAAUGGAUCACGCCCACCAACUACAAGAAGCGGCUGGCCCGCGAUGAAAGUGGUUCCUCAGGACCUGGAUCCGAGCCGAAGACCAUGCAGGUCGCAACCAUGACCACCGAUUUUGCGUGCCAAAACGUUCUGCUGCAGAUGAACCUCAACCUGUUGUCGACGACCACGCUUCAGCGAGUCCAGCAUCUCAAGUCAUUCAUCAAGCGCUGCCAUGCCUGCUUCCUGACCACCAAGGAAAUGAACAAGCAGUUCUGUCCUCGCUGCGGUAGAGACACGCUUACACGUGUCUCGUGCACGACGACUGCGAACGGACAAUUUACCAUGCAUCUGAAGAAGAACAUGCAGUGGAACAACCGAGGCAACCGUUUCAGCGUUCCCAAGCCCGUUGCUGGCAGCUCCAACGGCAAGUGGAAGGGCGGCGGUGGAAAGGGAGGAUGGGGAACCGAGCUCAUUCUCGCCGAGGACCAGAAGGAGUAUGUCCGAUCCGCCGUCGAAGAAGAACGACGCCAGCGCCGUGAACGGGAUCUCAUGGACGAGGAUUACCUUCCUGGCAUCCUAACUGGUGAGCGUAACAAGUCUGGCGGCCGUAUCAAGGUCGGCGCCGGCCGGAACAUCAACUCGAGGAAGCGCUAA